GAUUUGACUGCUCUGCAGCGCGCGGAGCCGGAGGAUCAGGAGUACCACGGCAUGGGUUCGCGCAGUGCGCGUUUGACGCUCUUGUACGUGCUUGCCCUGGUGUUUAGCACUCUCUGCCCGCUGAUCACUUUGUUGGGGGCGGUCUCCUUCGGAGUGGCGCGCGUGGUCUACACGUACCUGUUCGUUUACGCAGAGACCUUGAAGCCGGACCUGGGAGGUCUUUUCUGGCAGCGGCAACUGAAUCAUGCUCAGCAGGGCACCUUCCUGUACAUCGCGCUGAUGACAGCUGUGCUUUUGCAAAGGGCUCCGACCCCAUGGCCGGGCAUGAUCUGCGCCUCCAGCGCAGUCUUCAUGGGCUUCUCCUAUUACACAUUCCUGAACAGGUUUCGAUGGGAGCAGCUCCAGUUCAGCGAGGUGCCUUCCAAGGGUGCCAUGGGCGGUCCUCCGGCCACGUAUGGCCACUACAAGCAGCCACAGCUGCCCCCACCGCCUCCGCCAGCGCCGAAAAAUGAUCUCCUCACCCGUGCAGUCACCUCCAUGCGCCAGCGUCUGGACCCGUGUGGGUUUGGCGGCUAUGACGACGAGGAUGUCCGCGGUGCUCGACAGUUGCGCCGUAGCAAGACCGCCGCGGAGGGAAGAGCUUCGGCUGCCGUGCAGAUGGAGUACCAGCGUACAAGAACGACAACGGAGUAG